UAAAUACAUGUUGAGUACUUACUGGAUCUUUAGAUUUAGAAAUUAUUUGAUACUAUAAAAUACCUUACCGUGAGUUUUUAAAGAUACCAGUCAAACCGAAGAUGUUACUACUGCCAUGUUUUUUAAAAGAAGAAACUAGUGAGCAAGUUUAAUUUUUUUCUUUCUCCUUCCUGGACUACAAGAUUUUCUUUUCUUUUUUUGAGACAGGAUCUUACUCUGUUCACCCAGGCUGGAAUGCAGUGGUAUGAUCACUGUUGGCUCCAGCCUUGACCUCCCAGGCACAAGUGAUCCUCCCAAGUAGCUGGGACUACAGGCAUGCGCCACCACGCCUGGCUAAGUUUUUGUAUUUUCAGUACAGACGAGGUUUUGCUCUGUUGCUCAGGCUGGACUCAGGUGACCCAUCCACCUCAGACUCCCAGAGGGCUGUAAUCACCCAUGUGAGCCACUACGCCCAGCCUAUGAGAAUUUUUAAACUUGGAGGUUGCUCUUUUGAUUUCACUGGAACACAACAGAAAGUAGUUUCUUUUAUGGUGAGAGAUGAACACCUACAAUUGAAGUAGAUUUUAUAGUGUGAUUUUGCUAUCGUUUAUGACUGGGGAAAGUAAGUAGGAAUGCAGGGAUUGCCUUUUUCUCCUGUUUACAUUUAACUUGGUUAAUGCUGCUGAAGGCUUAGUUUGUAAGUUGUCGGGCCACGCAUCCAUGGAGCUCGGUGACUUUGUGCUGCCCUGAUGGCUGAUGGUCUUGAAGCCCUCACAUUCUUUGGAGUAGUGGGGUGGCUGGCUAGCCACAUGGGGAAGAUGUGCACCCCUGUGGAUGGGGCCAUCACACACUGCAGGGAUAGCUGGACCUACCUUACUGCUCACUUGGCUGGGUGCAGCAGCUCACACCCAUAACCCCAGCACUUUGGGAGGCUGAGGUGGACAGAUCACUUGAGGUCAGGAGUUCAAGACCAGCCUGAUCAACGUGGUAAAACCCUGUCUCUACUAAAAAUACAAAAAUUAGCUGGGCAUGGUGGCCUGUGACUGUAAUCCCAGCCACUUGGGAAGCUGAGGCAGGAGAAUUGCUGAAACCCAGGAGGUGGAGGUUGCGGUGAGCUGAGAUUGCACGCCACUGCACUCCAGCCUCGGUGACAGAGCGAGACUCCAUUACACACACACUGAAAUAUAUAUAUAAAGAAAUAAAUUGCUCACCUGGUAAUAGUUUGGAAAACAUCUUGUUUUUUUUUUUUAAAGCAUAUUUUAAAGACUUUAGAAAGUAUUUACUAAUCCAGAAAGUUCUUGGUGGGAGGAGUUUGAAACUUUGUUUUGUCUCACUCUUCACUGUGAGCCCUCUUAAUACCACAGAUCUCUACUUAAGUAAGAGUUACAUAAUAAAGACCAUUUGUUCAAGAUUGUGUAUCUCCAUCCAUUCAUCUGUUGUCUAAAUUCUGAGAGUUCGAAGUACAGUGUUGUUGUUUUGUAUACUUUGGUCCAGCCGUUUUCUUUAGAACAUGGCACUAGCUUUCUUUAAACUGGCUUUGGAUUUGUCAGUUUAAAAAUCAAUACCACUUUAAAAAUUACUCGACAUGGGAGAACAAAUAUGUCUUGAUCAUUUUAGAGCAUAAAUAUUUUAUAGAGCAGAACUUUAAAAAUAAAAAUUUCCUGAUAUAUUUUGAAUGUUUACUUUCAGCUUGUCCUCUGCUGUAAAAAUACAAAAAAUUAGCUGGGCACGGUGGUGCGUGCCUGUAAUCCGAGCUACUCAGGAGGCUGAGGCAGGAGAAUUGUCUGAACCCAGGAGGCGAAGGUUGCGGUGAGCUGAGAUUGCGCCAUAGCAGUCCAGCCUGGGUAACAAGAGUGAAACUCUGUCCCAAAAAAAAAAAAAAAAAAAAAAAAAUAGUCGUGGUUAGUCUCUAUAAAGUUGGUUAUUGGGAAUAUAUGCUUGAUUAUGAAAAUGAGACAUCACCAAUUUCAGUCAGCCAAAGUUUAGUCAAUAGAACGUUAAAGAGCAGAAGUCUAAUGGUAAUUAGGGAGGGAUGAAUUUAUGUAUAACAGUUUUUCAGUUUUUCCCCAAUUCAACGUAUCUUAGUGGCCUUUGAUAACUUCCUGGAAAAAGUAGGAAGCAUGGAGAGAAACUCCAGGUAGGAGCCCAUGAUCCAGUGGGCCACAUCAGCUUACAGUGUUUUCUAAGUCAUUAGAUGCUAAUUCUGUCUAGAUUGUAAAAUCCCCCUCAGUUGUGUCCACAUUUGUCCGUGUCGUCUUGUAUUCUCUCUGCCUAAUUUCCCUGAGUCUCAUUGUAGUGGGAUAAUACACAGGCUUACAGACUUUAAAGAGAAGCACAGAUUGCAACGAAAACAAAUGAACACAGAGACCAGCAGCAGCAGAGGGAGAUCUGCUGUUAGGCUUCCCUGAGUUCUGUCUCUGAUUUCUGUGGAUGAUGAGUUCACUGCAUAUGUUAGGUCACAACAUGAUAUGUAGUCAUAGGAACUGUUGUUAUGGUAGCUUUCUUGGUCAGGUGAUACAGCUGGGAUUUUCUUUCUCACAUGCACCUCUGUAAAGUUUUCAGCAACAGAGAUUGGCUCAGGAUGGAAUUUGUGGUUCAAUUUCUGUUCUGCAGCUUGUCCUUAUCUGGGGAGACUGGUUAAUUGAAUGUUUCCUUUCUGUCUCACCGAGUCACUUGAAAUUGCUCAGAUUCACCCCAUUCCUGGCUCCAGCCUGGCCCAGUCCAGACCUGCACGGAUUCUGACUACAUGCUGAGUUGGCCUCUGAACCAGUUCCUGUACCAUCCACUUGGUUUGAUGGACUUGCCAGCUCCAACUUCUCAGAAUGUGCCUCUUGUGGUCCUAGAAUCAAGUCCAAAGUCCUUAGAAUCAAGUGGAAGCCCCUCUACUUGGAAUAGCAAACAAUACUACCAGCUUGCCCUCUGGCAAGCCCCUUUAAGAGUUAGCUGCAAUUUCACCCUCUCUCUGGCCUUGAUUUUGCAUGCAGUCUGUGGGCCAGGCAUCGAUAUCCGCAACGACUUCCAUCAGCUGAAGCGCCUGGAGAACUGCACGGUGAUCGAGGGUUACCUGCAUAUCCUGCUCAUCUCCAAGGCCGAGGACUACCGCAGCUACCGCUUCCCCAAGCUCACGGUCAUCACUGAGUACUUGCUGCUGUUCCGAGUGGUUGGCCUCGAGAGCCUCGGAGACCUCUUCCCCAACCUCACGGUCAUUCGCGGCUGGAAACUCUUCUACAACUACGCCCUAGUCAUCUUCGAGAUGACCAGUCUCAAGGAUAUUGGGCUUUACAACCUGAGGAACAUUACUCGGGGGGCCAUCAGGAUUGAGAAAAAUGCUGACCUCUGUUACCUCUCCACUGUGGACUGGUCCCUGAUCCUGGAUGCAGUGUCCAAUAACUACAUCGUGGGCAAUAAGCCCCCAAAGGAAUGUGGGGAUGUGUGUCCAGGGGCCAUGGAGGAGAACCCAAUGUGUGAGAAGACCGCCAUCAACAACGAGUACAACUUCCGCUGCUGGACCACAAACCGCUGCCAGAAAAUGUGUCCGAGCGCGUGUGGGAAGCGGGCGUGCACCGACAACAACGAGUGCUGUCACCCUGAGUGCCUGGGCAGCUGCAGUGCGCCUGACAACGAUACAGCCUGUGUGGCUUGCCUCCACUACUACCACGCCGGUAUCUGUGUGCCCACCUGCCCGCCCAACACCUACAGGUUUGAGGGCUGGCGCUGUGUGGACCGUCAGUUCUGUGCCAGCAUCGUCAGCUCUGAGAACUCGGAGAACAACAAGUUUGUGAUCCAUGACGGCGAGUGCAUGCAGGAUUGCCCCUCGGGCUUCAUCCGCGACACUACCCAUAGCAUGCAGUGCAUCCCUUGUAAAGGUCCUUGCCCCAAGGUCUGUGAUGAACAGAUGGCAAAGUCCAUUGAUUCUGUUACUUCUGCUCAGAUGCUUCAAGGAUGCACCAUCUUCAAGGGCAAUUUGCUCAUUAACAUCCGACGAGGGAAUAACAUUGCUUCAGAAUUGGAGAACUUCAUGGGGCUCAUCGAGGUGGUGACGGGCUACGUGAAGAUCCGCCAUUCCCAUGCCUUGGUCUCCUUGUCCUUCCUAAAAAACCUUCGCCUCAUCUUAGGAGAGGACCAGCUAGAAGGGAAUUACUCCUUCUAUGUCCUCGACAACCAGAAUUUGCAGCAACUAUGGGACUGGGACCACCACAACCUGACCAUCCGUUCGGGGAAGAUGUACUUCGCUUUCAAUCCGAAAUUAUGUGUUUCUGAAAUUUACCGCAUGGAAGAAGUGACGGGGACUAAAGGGCGCCAAAACAAAGGGGACAUAAACACCAGGAACAAUGGAGAGAGAGCCUCCUGUGAAAGUGAUGUCCUGCAUUUCACCUCCACCACAACGUGGAAGAAUCGCGUCAUCAUAACCUGGCACCGGUACCGGCCCCCCGACUACAGGGAUCUCAUCAGUUUCACCGUCUUCUACAAGGAAGCACCCUUUAAGAAUGUCACGGAGUAUGAUGGGCAGGACGCCUGUGGCUCCAACAGCUGGAACAUGGUGGAUGUGGACCUCCCCCAGAACAAGGACGUGGAGCCCGGUGUCUUACUGCAUGGGCUGAAGCCCUGGACUCAGUACGCUGUUUACGUCAAGGCUGUAACCCUCACCAUGGUGGAGAACGACCAUAUCCGUGGGGCCAAGAGUGAGAUCUUGUACAUUCGCACCAAUGCUUCAGUUCCUUCCAUUCCCCUGGAUGUGCUCUCGGCGUCCAACUCCUCUUCUCAGUUAAUUGUUAAGUGGAACCCGCCCUCUCUGCCCAACGGCAACCUGAGCUACUACAUCGUGCGCUGGCAGCAGCAGCCUCAGGACGGCUACCUUUACCGGCACAAUUACUGCUCCAAAGACAAAAUCCCCAUCAGGAAGUACGCUGGCGGCUCCAUUGACGUUGAGGAGGUCACAGAGAACCCCAAGACUGAGGUGUGUGGCACAGAGAAAGGGCCUUGCUGUGCCUGCCCCAAAACCGAAGCCGAGAAGCAGGCGGAGAAGGAGGAGGCCGAGUACCGCAAGGUCUUUGAGAAUUUCCUGCACAACUCCAUCUUCGUGCCCAGACCUGACAGGAAGCGGAGAGAUGUCAUCCAGGUAGCCAACAGCAGCACGUCCAGCCGAAGCAGGAACACCACGGCCGUUGACACCUACAACAUCACAGACCUGGACGAGCUCGAGACGGAGUACCCCUUCUUUGAGAGCAGAGUGGAUAACAGGGAGAGAACUGUCAUUUCUAACCUUCGGCCUUUCACACUGUACCGCAUCGAUAUCCACAGCUGCAACCACGAGGCUGAGAGGCUGGGCUGCAGCGCCUCCAACUUUGUCUUUGCAAGGACUAUGCCUGCAGACGGAGCAGAUGAUAUUCCUGGGCCAGUGACCUGGGAGCCAAGGCCUGAAAACUCCAUCUUUUUAAAGUGGCCGGAACCUGAGAAUCCCAAUGGAUUGAUCCUAAUGUAUGAAAUAAAGUACGGAGCACAAGUUGAGGAUCAGCGGGAAUGUGUGUCCAGACAGGACUACAGGAAGUACGGAGGGGCCAAGCUAAACCGGCUAAACCCGGGGAACUACACAGCCCGGAUUCAGGCCACGUCUCUCUCUGGGAAUGGGUCGUGGACAGAGCCUGUGUUCUUCUAUGUCCAGGCCAAAACGGGAUACGAAAACUUCAUCCAUCUGAUCAUCGCUCUGCCCAUCGCCGUCCUGUUGAUCGUGGGAGGGUUGGUGAUUAUGCUGUACGUCUUCCAUAGAAAGAGAAGUAACAGCAGGCUGGGGAAUGGAGUCCUGUAUGCCUCUGUGAACCCGGAGUACUUCAGCGCUGCGGAUGUGUACAUUCCUGAUGAGUGGGAGGUGGCUCGGGAGAAGAUCACCAUGAGCCGGGAGCUUGGGCAGGGGUCGUUUGGGAUGGUCUAUGAAGGAGUUGCCAAGGGUGUGGUGAAAGAUGAACCCGAAACCAGAGUGGCCAUUAAAACGGUGAACGAGGCUGCAAGCAUGCGUGAGAGGAUCGAGUUUCUCAACGAGGCUUCUGUGAUGAAGGAGUUCAAUUGUCACCAUGUGGUGAGGUUGCUGGGCGUGGUGUCCCAGGGCCAGCCAACACUGGUCAUCAUGGAACUGAUGACACGGGGCGAUCUCAAGAGUUAUCUCCGGUCUCUGAGGCCAGAAACGGAGAAUAAUCCGGUCCUAGCACCUCCAAGCCUAAGCAAGAUGAUUCAGAUGUCUGGGGAGAUUGCAGACGGCAUGGCAUACCUCAACGCCAACAAGUUCGUCCACAGAGACCUUGCCGCCCGGAACUGCAUGGUUGCCGAAGAUUUCACAGUCAAGAUUGGAGAUUUUGGUAUGACACGAGAUAUCUAUGAGACAGACUAUUACCGGAAAGGAGGGAAGGGGCUGCUGCCUGUGCGCUGGAUGUCUCCCGAGUCCCUCAAGGAUGGAGUCUUCACCACUCACUCGGAUGUCUGGUCCUUUGGGGUUGUGCUCUGGGAGAUUGCCACGCUGGCCGAGCAGCCAUACCAGGGCUUGUCCAAUGAGCAAGUCCUUCGCUUCGUGAUGGAAGGCGGCCUUCUGGACAAACCAGACAACUGCCCCGACAUGCUGUUUGAACUGAUGGGCAUGUGCUGGCAGUACAACCCCAAGAUGAGGCCUUCCUUCCUGGAGAUCAUCAGCAGCAUCAAAGAUGAGAUGGAGCCCGGCUUUAGGGAGGUCUCCUUCUACUACAGCGAGGAGAACAAGCCGCCCGAGCCAGAAGAGCUAGACCUGGAGCCAGAGAACAUGGAGAGUGUCCCUCUGGACCCCUCAGCCUCCUCGGCCUCCCUGCCACUGCCCGACAGACGCUCCGGGCACAAGGCUGAGAACAGCCCCGGUCCUGGAGUGCUUGUCCUCCGCGCCAGCUUUGACGAGAGGCAGCCUUUCGCACACAUGAACGGGGGCCGCAAGAACGAGCGGGCCUUACCGCUGCCCCAGUCUUCGACCUGCUGAGGGUCCCAAGUCCGUGCAAACAGUAACGCGUGUGCACGCUCAGCGGGGGGGCGGGGGGAGAGACAGCAAGUUUUAACAAUCUAUUCAUAAGGCUCCUGUACCUCAGUGGAUCUUAGAACUGCCAUUGCUGCCCACGGGAGACAACUUCUCUGCAGUAAACACAUGUCGGAUGUUCCUUUUUUCAAUAUGCAAGCAGCUUUUUAUUCCCUACCCGAUCCCUUAACUGACAUGGGCCUUUAAGAACCUUAACGACAACACUUAAUAGCAACAGAGCACUUGAGAACCAGUCUCCUCACUCUGUCCCUGUUUUUCCUCCUCUCUCUCUCUCUCUCUCCCUUUUGCGCUCUCACUUUUCUCUCUCUGCUUCAUAAUGGAAAAAUGAUUGCCGCAAGUCCAGCCAGGAAGCCCUUUUUAUCAGUUUGAGGAAGUGGCUGUCCCUGUGACCCCCAUGCAGCCCCUGUGCACACCGCCCGACACCGUAGGUCAUUACAAAAAAAAAACUUUUAGAUGCAAAUUUUUACCUUAAUCUAUCCCUUUUUAGGGACCUGAAAUUUACAAAGGGCCAUUGUUCAGCCAAGGCUGUUACCAUUUUAACGCUGCCAAAUUUUGCCAAAAUCCUGAACUCUCCCCUCACUAUCCCUGUGCUGAUUCCUUGCGUCCUGAGGCAUGGGCGAGUGUGGCAUCUGAUUGCUCUGUGUGAGACACACACUGGCGCCACGCUCUGACUGCCCUGCUGUGCUGCUCAAUGCCACGUGCACACAGGUCUCAUUGCUUCUGACUAGGUUAUUAUUUGGGGGAAUUGGACACAGGACUUUUGCUCAGUGAAGAUGGGGAGAAGCUGAACCAGCUUCCCUGCCCCAACCUCCAAGAAUCUGGAGGCAGUGGGCCCUGGGCAGCCUGGAGGACAGGCUUUGAGUCAAGGUGGCCCCAUGCCUGCUCCUCUCCCAGCCCCAGCUCCCCCACCCACCCCCAAGUACACAAAUGGGAAGGGGUUUCCAGGAACUCAGCCCAACUGUUCAUGCAGGCUUGCAAGGAAGGAAAUUCAAACACCACAACAGCAGUCAGAAGAAAAGCAGUCAAUGGAUUCAAGCAUUCUAAGCUUUGUUGACAUUUUCUCUGUUCCUAGGACUUCUUCAUGGGUCUCACAGUUCUAUGUCAGACCAUGAAACAUUUGCAUACACAUCGUCUUUAACGUCACUUUUAUACCUUUUUUACGGUUCAGAUAUUCAUCUAUACGUCUGUACAGAAAACAAAACAAGCUGCUAUUUUUUUUGUUCCUGAUCUCUGUGGAUUUAAUCUAUGAAAACCUUCAGGUCCACCCUCUCCCCUUUCUGCUCACUCCAAGAAACUUCUUAUGCUUUGUACUAGAGUGCGUGACUCUCUUCCUCUCUUCCCGGUAAUUGACAAUUCUACGACAUAAUUUGCCAUGAACUGUUUGAUGCCUUUUUAUAAAUACAUCCCCUCCUCCCUCCCACCUGCCCCUUUAGUUGUUUUCUAACCCACAGGCGGUGAGGGCACGAGGCAGAAAGAGGGCCGGGCACCCGCCCUGAGAGGGCCACACUCCUGCCCCCAGCCCGCCCUCACAGCACUGGAGUCUGUUACAGUGCAAGACAUAAUACAAACUCAGGUCAGAAAAACAAAGGUUAAAUCCUUCACACGUCUUUGUUCAGUGUUUCCACUCACCAUGGUCAAGAAGCCUCACCCUCUCUUUCCCUUGCCUCUGUUUAGGUUGUGAUACACAUAUCUCUAUUUUUUUAAUUCUUGGGUACAACAGCAGUGUUAACUGCAGACACUAGGCAUUUGGAUUCCUAUUUUUUUUUUUUUUUAAUGGCUAUUGAAUCCUUUCAUCCCACGAAAAGCAGCGGCUGAGUCCAAGGCAGCAGCCGAGCAUGGUCCGGCAGGCCCUGCUGUGGCCUCUGCCACCACCCUCACCAGGCCGACCGACCUGUCUUUGGAACCAGAACACCCCAAGGGACCUCCUCCUUGCUGGCAGCGAGCAGGACCCCAGAAUCCAGGCUGGCCCAGGGCAGCAUCCUCAGGGCUCUGCUGGCCAGAGGAGUGCCAGGUCAGGGCAGCACAGAUGCCACAGUGGCCCAAGAGCCCCUUGGCUCCCUGCCGGGGGACCAGGGCUGUGGUGCUGGCCCACUUUCCCUUGGCCAGGAAUCCAGGUCCUCGGGGCCCAGGGGUCUUGCUUUGUUUCAUUUAUAGCACUUCUCACCAGAGAGAUGACAGCACAAGAGUUGCUUCUGGGAUGGGAAUGUUUAAAUUAGGAGUAAGAACAAAGCUGAGCUACAGUGAUUGCUGGUUGUGACUGAAGAUAAAACACGGGAGUCUGUAGUGCUUUUCUGCUUGUCAGCAGUUUGUCUCACUGCUUUCUCUAGCCUCUACCCCAUAGCAUGUUCCCUUAAAAAGAAUUAGGAAGGUACUAUAUGUAGGAGUUUUCUUUUAAUUUAUCUUGUGAUAGCAGUUUCAAUCACCGUAGAGAAGCCCCAUUAUGAAUUUAAAUCCCAAGGAAAGGAUGUGUGCGCGCGCGCGUGUGUGUGUGAUGGGACAGUUUUUGAUUUUUUGGGUUUUUCCCCCCAAACAUGUAUCUACUCUACCUCACUCUUGUUUUUUAUAUGUGUAUAUAGACAAAAGAAUACAUCUCACGUUUCUCAGCACCUGACAACAGGCCGUUGAUACUGGUAACCUCAUCCACGCCACAGGCUCCACACCAGGUGAUGCAGGGAGAAGCCAGGCCGAAUUCCGGGGUCAAAGCAAUGCUAACUCACCUCUGCUCGUUUCAGACAGCCUGUCUUUUCUGAGAUGUUUUGUUCUGUGUUGCUUUUUUCUUUUUCUGUCUUGGUUUUCACCAAGGUGUUAGGAUUCUCCUCCUCCUAGAUAGGAGGGCCCCAGAGCACACUUGGGGGGCCACCAGGCUGUCCCUGGCUGUCUGUGGAACAAACUGCUUUCUUGCAGAUCAAAUAACCAACACACUUCGUCCUUAAGAGAGCAGUUGUUCUGCAGGGUCUGAGGUCAGGAAGGCAUCCAGGCAGCACAGUCUGUGAGAAUCCUGUGGGGAAAAGCGCGGUGCACUGGGUUUGCUCCCUCGCUGCUGCUGCUGCUGCAGCCCUGGAGGAGGCCUACACCGAGGCAGGGAAGUGCUGCCAUGAUUGCUGUAUUCCUUCAAUACAAAGGUGCAGCCGCCGCCGCAGCAGCAGAAGAGCGAGGUCCACCUGGCCUGCACUCCAGAAUGCAGAGGUUCCUGACCUCACAGCCUGCCCCUGAUAGAACGCACGCAGUAGCAGAAUGCCCUCCCCCUGCAGGCUGCCCUCUCAGCUUCUCCUUCACCUCCUCCUCCCCUAGGGGUAGAAAGAGAUGUACCAAUCCUUCAGGCUGGAAAGGCCAGUGGUCGGCGCUGAGCCUCCAUGAGCGUCGCACCUCCUACCUGGGUUGUACCUCUGUCUGUCCCUGGUCCUGCUACUCACAGGACAGACAGCUAACUCCCCACUUCCAGCAGCUGCUCUUACAGGCACUGAUGAUUUAGCUGGGAAACGUGGCGGGCAGCUUCCCGCAAGUGCAGAUGGCUCCUCUGCAAUCCCAGUACUGACUGAAUUCGCUCAGGAGCUGUUUCCCUCCUGCCGGAACGCGGCCCGUCUCUCCCAAGACCCCAGGGAUCUUAAGGUCUUUAAGAAAUACUGUUUGAUCAGGGUUUUCUUCUUCCACACUGUAGGUGACCCCUCGGAAUUAUGGCCUCUCCUCUCUUUUGCACAUACGUACCGGUUUCCACAACUGGAUUUCUACAGAUCAUUCAGCUGGUUAAAAGGGUUUUGUUUAAACUGUCCAAGCUAUGUCAUUUUGUUUUUAUGUAGGUGGCUUUUAAGUAGAAAGAAAACACUAACAGUGUAGUGCCCAUCAUAACAAAUGCUUCAGAAACACUUCAAUAAAAGGAAAACUUGGCUUGUGUGAUGGUGCAGUCAUUUUACUGGACCAACCCACUCACCUUGACCUAUAUGAAGGCGGCAUCUGUCCUCAGUUCUGGCCUAAUUUCACGCUGAUUUUUCCACCUCUUCUUGAUUUUUCUCUCUCGUAUGUUCCAAAUAAUCUUACCAAGCUGAGUUGUGGCAUUUUCCAUGCAACCUCCUCCUGCCAGCAGCUCACACUGCUUGAAGUCACGUGAACCACUGAGGCACAUCAUGGAAUUGAUGUGAGCAUUAAGACAUUCUCCGCACAGCCCUUCCCUGAGGCAGCAGGAGCUGCUGUGGACUGGAGACGUUGAACUUGAACUGUGUGAGACCAAGACCACCCCAGGUCUCCUUCGUGGGAUGUCAUGAUGUUUGACAUGCCAUUGGGACGAGCCUCCUCCUUGAAAGAUGGAAGACCGUGUUUGUGGCUGACCUGGCCCCCUUCCAGCCUGUUUCUUAAGAUGCGGAGCCACAUUUCACUGGUAGAAAAAGUGGCUUCAUAAAAUAGAAGAGCGGUCAUUGUGGAACUGCCAAAUGGCACGAGGCUCAGUGCAAGUGGGUGUGCUUUGGGAUAAAAGAUUUAUGAGCCGACUAUUCUGUGGCAUCAGAUUCUAGGCCUGUUUGUCCCACUGAAGCCUCUCCCAUAGUAGCCCUCCUCUGCAGGCUGAUGGCCGGACAGCUUGCAAGUGGCUCUGUGGCAAGAGCACAUGGAGAUCAGAUGGGUGAGAAGGCUGGGAUGCUUGUCCAGUGUCCUCAGCUAUCACUGUUGGUUCCUCCCAGAGUGGCCAGAUGGAAUUGGUCGCCACUCCCUCCCAGUGACGGUGACCCGCUGUGGCAUACCUUGGCCCAUUCCAGCAGUCCCAGUUAUGCAUUUAACAUUUGGGGUUGUUCUUUUUGUUAAUGUUACUCUGUGUUGUCAGCUGUCUUUUCAUUUCCUGGGCUAAGCAGCAUUGGGAGAUGUGGACCAGAGAUCCACUCCCUACGAACCCGUGAUGAAAGUCACUCUUGCGUACUCCACUCUGAAGUAGUUGGUGGUACAAAUGAGAACUACAAGAGAGGAUGUUAUUUAGACUGAACCUCUGUUGCCAGAGAUGCUGAAGAUACAGACCUCAGAGAGGUCAGAGGGUUUCAUUUUUGGCCUUCAUCCUGGAUGACUGGUUGGUCAUUUGGAGAAGUGAGUGCUCCUUGAUGGUGGAAUGACCAGGUGGUAGGUAGGAAACCAUUGUCAGAGGGAUCCUGGCACAGAGAGAAGAAUCAUGAGCAGCAGGGUGCAGGGCUUGGAAGAAAUGUGGGCAAUGUUUUGAACUUGAUGGUUUCUGAAGCUAUCAGACCACAUCAAGGCUCAGCCGUCAUCCAUGGGCAUUUGGUUUCAACAAAGAAACCUAACAUCCUACUCUGGAAACUGAUCUCGGAGUUAAGUCGAAUUGUUCAAGAACACGAACUACAUCGCACUCGUCAGUUGUAGUUCCGGGGCAUGACUUUAGGGUUAUAUUUUUUUUCUGCAAGAGCAUAAAUGAUCACUCAUUUGUAUGUCCACGUUUGUGUGUCUGCAUCUUUCUGGUCAACAUGGUUUUAACUAGUCACUCAUUAGCCUUUUCAAUAGGGCUCUUAAGUCCAGUAGAUUACGGGUAGUCAGUUGACGAAGAUCUGGUUUACAAGAACUAAUUACAUGUUUCAUUGCAUUUUUGUAAGAACACAGAAUAAUUUUAUAAAACGUUUGUAGUUUAUAAUUGCCGAAAAUAAUUUAAAGACACUUUUUUUCUCUGUGUGUGCAAAUGUAUGUUUGUGAUCCAUUUUUUUUUUUUUUUUUUAGGACACCUGUUUACUAGGUAGCUUUACAAUAUGCCAAAAAAAGGAUUUUUCCUUUACCCGGGCCGUAGUUCACCCUCUUUUCCCCCCAGCGCUUUGUGCCCUAGUUUAUAACAAAGGAAUGAUGAUCAUUUAAAAAGUAGUUCUGUAUCUUCAGUAUCUUGGUCUUCCAGAACCCUCUGGUUGGGAAGGGGAUCAUUUUUUACUGGUCAUUUCCCUUUGGACUAUAGCGACUUUAACAGACAGAAAGAACCUCAUUGGCCAUGAAAACAGCAGGGUGUUACAGCCCAGCGGUGCAUAGCACCAUUCAGCAUCUGGUUGGGUUGGUCUGGCUGCUGUCAUUGUCAUGCAGUGCCAUGGAGAUGGGAAGAUCUGACUGCACAGAUGAUGGUUUUGAUGAUGAUCACAGCAUGCAGAGUGAUCACAUGAAAGAUGACAGCUCCGGGGCAUGCAGGCCAUUUGCUUACAUGCCUCGUAUCAUGAUUAAUGCUUUGUUAGAACACGGAAGAGACCCUAUUUAAGGCAGAACACCGAAGACACUAAUUUCUAAUAUAGAUUUUAAGAAAUGCUUUUUAAUAACUACAGCAUAAGCCGGGCGUGGUGGCUCACGCCUAUAAUCCCAGCACUUUGGGAGGCCGAGGCGGGUGGAUCACGAGGUCAAGAGAUCGAGACCAUCCUGGUCAACAUGGUGAAACCCUGUCUCUACUAAAAAUACAAAAAAUUAGCUGGGCAUGGUGGUGCGCGCCUGUGGUCCCAGCUACUCGGGAGGCUGAGGCAGGAGAAUUGCUUGAACCCAGGAGGCGGAGGUUGCGGUGAGCUGAGAUCGCGCCAUUGCACUCCAGUCUGGGUAACAACAGCAAAACUCCAUCUCAAAAAAAAAAAAAAAAAAAUACAGCAUAGACAAAAAUUGGUUUGAAGGUUUGACUCCACAUCCUUUCACCCCCAAGGGAUUGUUGGCCACGUCUACCCAACUCCACAAUACCUCCAUUGUGGGAAUCACCUAGGGUUUCUGCACUACACAGGAGAAAGACCUGGAAACUCUUUGGGUUUUAUCUUCAACUUUUCCUUUGGAUGUUUGGCAUUGCCACACACAUCCACAGGUGGAAGAGGUGCCUGGGAAAACACCUGUCUGCUUUCUAAGCCAGUGAGGUUGAGGUGAGAGGUUUGCCAGAGUUUGUCUACCUCUGGGUAUCCCUUUGGGAGAAAAAAAUCAAACCAGAAGGCGGGAUGGAAUGGAUGCACCACAAACAAUGCAUUUUCUGAAUUUUCUUGUUUAAAAACAGUUUUUUUAAAAAAAGUUAAAGGUAAUAACAUGGCCAAUUUGUUACAUAAAAUGACUUUCUGUGUAUAAAUUAUUCCUUUAAAAAUCCUGUUUAUAUAAAAAAAUCAGUAGAUGAAAAAAAUUUCAAACUGUUUUUGUAUGUUCUGUUGUAAGACUUUAUUCCUGUUAUUGCGAUAUACUCUGGAUUCUUUACAUUAUGAAAAAAAGAAACUUUGUCUAUUUUGAAUGGCUGAAGCUAAGGCAACGUUAGUUUCUCUUACUCUGCUUUUUUCUAGUAAAGUACUACAUGGUUUAAGUUAAAUAAAAGAAUUCUGUAUGCA